AUGUCUCUCCAGAUUCCCCACCGCGAGAAGCAGCCAAACGGUGUUUCCGCCGUCACCAAGGCUGUGAUCCUUGUUGGAGGCUCGUCUCGAGGCACUCGCUUCAGGCCGCUUUCCCUCGAUGUCCCCAAGCCUCUCUUCGAUGUUGCCGGCCACCCCAUCAUCUGGCAUUGCUUGACUGCCAUUGACAAGGUCCCCUCGAUCCACGAGGUCUAUCUGAUUGGCUACUACGAGGAAUCCGUCUUCCGCGACUUUAUUAAGGAUGCCGCUGUCGAGUUCCCCAACCUGUCGAUCAAGUAUCUUCGGGAAUACCAAGCCCUGGGCACCGCUGGCGGCCUGUACCAUUUCCGCGAUGCCAUCCUCAAGGGCCGGCCCGACCACAUCUUCGUUCUGAACUCGGACGUCUGCUGCAGCUUCCCACUCAACGAGAUGCUGAAGCUGUUCCGCGAGAAGGACGCCGAGGCUGUCAUUCUCGGCACGAGGGUCAGCGAGGACGCAGCGAACAACUUUGGCUGCAUCGUCAGCGACUCGCACACCCGCCGGGUGCUGCACUACGUCGAGAAGCCCGAGAGCUACAUCUCGAACCUGAUCAACUGCGGCGUCUACCUCUUCAGCACCGACGCCAUCUUCCCCUCCAUCCGCAGUGCCAUCAAGCGUCGCACUGACCGCCCGUCGCGCCUGGCGUCGUACCCGUCGUCGGACAAUCUCGAGAGCUCGUUCAUGAUGGACGACGAUGACGAGGAGAAGAACGAGGUCAUCCGGCUGGAGCAGGACAUCCUCAGCGACAUGGCCGACAACAAGCAGUUCUUUGUCUACGAGACCAAGGACUUCUGGCGCCAGAUCAAGACGGCCGGCUCGGCCGUGCCCGCCAACGCGCUGUACCUGCAGCAGGCAUGGCAGUGCGAGUCCAAGGAGCUCGCCCACCCGUCGGCCAAUAUCCUCCCGCCCGUCUUCAUCCACCCGACCGCCCACGUCGACCCCACCGCCAAACUCGGCCCCAACGUCUCCAUCGGGCCCCGCGUCACGGUCGGGGCCGGCGCCCGCGUCAAGGAGUCCAUCGUGCUGGAGGACUCGGAGAUCAGGCACGACGCCUGCGUGCUGUACUCCAUCAUCGGCUGGAACAGCCGUGUGGGCGCCUGGGCCCGCGUCGAGGGCACGCCCAUGCCCAUGACGAGCCACACGACGAGUAUCAUCAAGAACGGCGUCAAGGUCCAGGCCAUCACCAUCCUCGGCAAGGAGUGCACCGUCGGCGACGAGGUGCGCGUCCAGAACUGCGUGUGCUUGCCGUUCAAGGAGUUGAAGAGAGACGUGGCCAACGAGGUCAUCAUGUGA